UCCGGCUGGGGCGAUGCUGCCAGCCUGUCGCGACACUCCUGUCGCCGACAGCGCAGCGGGCAGCGGCUGCCCGGGGCCGGCUGGGCGCCCCCCCGGCUGCUCCGGGGCCCGGCGGCGGAGCAGCCCCGGGCCCUGAGGCUCAGGUGCCGCCGCGGCCGGGCCCUUCCUGGCCGCCAGAAGGUGCCGGAGCCGCCGCAACAGGAACUGCGAGCCGGGGGGAGGAGGCGGCGCCGCCGCUCCCCGCCGCAGUCGCGGCCCGAGCCGGGGGAGCGCAGCGCAGCGCAGGGGAGCAGCCAUGGGCCGCCGCCCGCCGCCGCGCUGAGCCGCCCCCGGGGCCCAAGGGGGGAGCGGGGCCGGCGCUGCCCUCCCGCCCGUCCCUCCCCGCCUCCCUCCGUGCCGGCCGGGGCCCGCGAUGCAGCCAUGGACAGCAGGAUCAAGGAAAAUCCAGAACGUACCUUUGAUUUGGUACUGAAGGUAAAAUGUCAAGCAUCCAAAAAUGAAGAUCCAGUGGUACUGUGGAAGUUCCCGGAGGACUUUGGAGACCAGGAAGUGCUGAACAGCGUUCCAAAGUUCUGCUUUCCUUUUGACAUUGAAAGGGUGUCCCAAAACCAAGUAGGACAGCAUUUUACCUUUGUACUCACCGACAUUGAAAGUAAGCAAAGGUUUGGAUUUUGCCGUUUGACGUCAGGAGGCAAGGUCUGCCUCUGUAUUCUGAGUUACCUGCCCUGGUUUGAAGUAUACUAUAAGCUCUUAAAUACCCUGGCAGAUUAUUUGGCUAAAGAACAGGAAAAUGACUCAAACGAUUUGUUGAAAUCACUGUAUAGCCAUCCUGUGCCAAAGGCAAAUGCUUUAGUCAGUCUAAGUGUGAACCAAGAGAUGAUUUUUGCAAGUCAGCAAGUUUUGAAAAAAGAGCCUUGUCUUGUAUCGCACUCGUAUUUCAUUACUCCUGAUAUAACUGGAUUGCCAACAAUCCCUGAAAGCAGAAACCUUACUGAAUAUUUUGUUGCUGUGGAUGUGAACAACAUGCUGCAACUUUAUGCCAGUAUGUUGCAUGAGAGAAGAAUCAUUAUUACCUCUAGCAAACUAAGCACUUUAACUGCUUGUGUUCAUGCGUCAGCUGCAUUGUUGUAUCCAAUGUAUUGGCAACACAUUUACAUCCCAGUGCUUCCUCCACAUCUCCUGGACUACUGCUGUGCACCAAUGCCUUAUCUAAUUGGCGUCCACUUAAGCUUAAUAGAGAGAGUAAAAAAUAGGUCGCUGGAGGAUGUGGUUUUGCUAAAUGUUGACACAAACACUCUAGAAAAUCCUUUUAAUGACCUGAACAACCUACCUGCUGUAGUGGUCUCGGCCUUGAAAAAUAAACUGAAAAAGCAGUCUACAGCUACGGGUGACGGAGUAGCCAAGGCCUUUCUUCGGGCACAGGCAGCACUGUUUGGAUCCUACAGAGAUGCACUAAGAUACAAACCAGGAGAGCCUAUAACUUUCUGUGAGAAGAGUUUUGUGAAGCAUCGUUCCAGUAAUACUAAAAAGUUCCUGGAAACUGCUGUGAAUCUUCAACUGUUUAAACAGUUUAUUGAUGGUCGACUAUCAAAAUUAAAUGCAGGAAGGGGAUUCUCCGAUGUUUUUGAAGAAGAAAUCACAACAGGAGGCUUUUGUGGAGGAAAUUCAAGAUCUUAUCAGCAGUGGAUGGAUACAGUGAAGAAAGGUGGUGCAAUGAUCAACACAGCAAUGACCAAAGCCACUCCGGCUGUGAAAACAGCAUAUAAAUUUGCAAAAAAUCACGCAAGGCAAGGAAUACAAGAAGUGAGGAGUAAGUUGAAACACAAGGAGAGUGAGGAAGAGUAUGGAACUUGCAGCACUGGUGCAGUACAGAGUGCUUCAGUCUACACAUCGCAUAAUGAGAAAAGAGGAAACUCAGAAAAACGAAGACUUGCACAGACACGUUUCAACCAGCGUCUCAGUAACCAGGAUUUUGCCUUGGAUGAAGAUGAUGAUGAUGAAAUGGAGAGAACAAGCAAGUUAUCAUCAGAAGACAGUGAGGAGGCUUCUGCUUAUUUUUAUGAUAGUGAUGAUUCUGGUGAAACUGGAGUAACUGCACAGCAUCAAGGAGAAAUGGAUUUGCUUGGAGAGAUUCUGGACACGCUGAGCACACACAGUUCAGAUCAAGGAAAACUCUCAGGAGCAAAGAGCCUGGAUUUCUUUAGGUCACUGGAUGACAUUGGUUACAAGGCUACGAACAAGUCAAAUGCACCUAGUGAGAGCAACCUUACCCUGCUCUGCAGCAAUGCUAAUGAUCAAGCAGACUGGAAUCUUGGUCAGGAUGAUAGUGUUCUCCAUGGGAAGCAGCUCCCUCCAUCGCCAAGGAACCAAGUUUCUUCUGUUGGACAUAGAGAAUCUCUCUCAAGACUGGAAGAAGAAAGUAGUGAGAAAACCUUUAUUACUGACACGAUGGACACCUCUGGUGGUUGCAUAACAUCGCCAUCUCCUGUACAAUCAAGUGCCCAGCUUGGUUCUCUAGAAGGUUGCACGGAAGGCUAUUCUUCCUAUACGUAUGCAAAGCAGAAUGAAACACUAAGCAAUACCUCAGAAGAUCAGCUCCCAGCAAGUCUUGCUCAACAUCCAUCCAUUUUGGUCCCUUGGGAGAAAGAUAGGAAAGAAGGAAAUGAAACUCCAGAUGAGGGUGGGCUUUUUCAAGAAGUGAUAUCUUUAUGUAAACUGAGUUCUGCUUUUCACUAUGGUUUAAAUAUUUCGAAGGAUAGCUUAUCCAGCAAUAGCAGUGGGAAUAAAACGUAAGAAAACUAUUAGAAGAUAAACUUGACUCCCAGAAGAAGUUUGAAGGGAGGCUACUCAGGACUCCAUAUAACUCCAUGUAACAUUUUAACCAAAAUAUGAAAAAGGAAUAAGAGAUUUCAAUUACAGGAAAAAAAAAAACAACUCUUCAGCUGAAUAUGCAUUUUCUGCUACUGGAAUAUUUGCUUCUAUGUUUACCCAGUUCGUUUGUUGGCUGUAGUUAGGUCCACAAAAUGGAACUAAAUAUAUAAACGCACUCUUAAAUCAGGUACUAGUUAGUCUCUGUGCUAAAAAUACAGCAGGUGGAUGGUGCUUCGUAGCAUUUACUUCCUCUAAGCAGCAGGAAAGGUAUCACCUAAUAGGUAACCAGGUUUUGAAGGUACUGUAUUAAUCCCAUUAAGCAGGAAAUGAACCAAACAGUCUAGACUUGUUUGAAAUGUACAAAUGUUAAUACUUUUAACAAGUAAUAAUUGCCUUAAUCUUUUGAGAAAGGAUUUAUCUUAGAAGAUGAAUGCAAAUGUACAAAACAGCAAUAAUGAUUUUCCAUGGCAAGAAUUUGCUUCAGCAAAGGCAGGGGGUUGGGGGGAGGAAGUCUUUUUAGAUUGAGGAAUUGCUUGUGAAUAUAACUUGGAACUUACUGCAAACUAAAACUGUGGCCCUGUCUUCCAGACUUCAAAAAGGUAGCGCAUGCUUUUCUCUCUUCUGUAAAGUACAUGAAGUGCUGAAUUAUAAUGUGAAGUUUAUAAACUUCUGUUUACAACUAAGACACUUUAAAGACAUGUUAUCCAGUUUCUCUAGGUAGACUAUUUCAUCUAAAAAUUUUCAGAAAGGAACGUGUAAGUGGAAUUUAUAGAUUUCUAUUUUUUAUUUUUAUUUUCUACAGUCUAAUAGUAUUUGAAAAAUUAUUUGUGCCUGUUCGGAACUAUUUUCUUUUGAUUCUUAGAAGCUACUAUUUGAAGGUAGUAUGAAUUACUGUUACUUAGAAGUCAUAUUUAGUUAAAUUAUUAAAGAUUAAUGACUGGGAAUUAUUUGUAACACUAGAAAACUGAAAUUACAGAUUGAGCUUGAGACAGUAUAUAUCCAACUCUCAUUUUAGCCAAGUUGAACUUCUAAAAUCUCUUUCCAAAGGCAGUGAAGGAGAAUAUAUGGACUUAUACAUUGUAUUUAUUUAGAACAACCAUUUGUCCUCCUUCUGGCAGCAUUCCUGAACAAUUUGCAUAUAUAGAGCAACUCUUUCUGUUCCCCUGCCUUUUUUCUUUUAAUUCCUCCCACAUACCUUUCCUUUUUCUGUAUCUCCACCUUACCAUGCAUACAUUCCUUUCUCCAAACUAUCUCAGGGUAGUAAAGGUGUGAAGUAAGUUUCAGUAGAUUAUAGUUGUCAGUUUAGAAGGAUCUUUUGUGAUGCAGUUAGUAGAAGUAAGAAAUGGGUAUAAAAUGAACUGUGCCUGAGAAUAAUGUAAUGCUCUUCUAAACUGAUGCUAGAUUUUAUUUUUUCAUUUUCUUUCCCCUUUUGGUAUGAAUGUUGAGUCUUAGCCUCAGUGUCAGCCUGAGUGAGCAAAUUAAUAAAGUCAGGAGUUGGAUCAGAUUGUGCUUUAGUAUCUUUAUUUUUGGUUGUUUGUAGCAAAGUUAAUAUCAAUUACCAUGAUGAGAUUUAUGAAUGAUUUUUCCUCCUAGCUAGCAAAAAUUGAAAGGGUUUUUCUGUUGUUGUUUUUUUGGUUUUGGAUUCUUUGUUGUUUUUUUUUUUUUGGUGCGUUCUUACAAGUCAGCUGACUUAAGGGAAAGGAUCAAUAUCAUUAGGCAAUGUUUGAUGCUUUACUAAAGAGAUGCAAAGACAGCUCUGCAAAAAGGUUCAGCUCUGCAUUCCAAAAUAUUGGUGUAUCUGCAGACAAGCGAAGGGUCGGUACUUGUCAUUGAAAGUGAGCCUCCAGAAUUAACUUUUUAAAUCGGUGCAUUGAAAGUUAAAGUUGUAAAAGUGGAAAUCUUAGGGAAGGGUCUGUGUCUGAUUAGGGCAUGAAUGUUCCUGAGGGCAUCUGCAAUCUACUGCUGGAGGAUCUUAGCAUUCCUGAGUCAGAGAUUUUAUGUCCUGAGGUCUGUACUCCAUCCCGUGUUUUCCUGUAAUGUGCAUCAACAUGCUAUGUAAGGUGGAAGGGGACUUUUUUAUUAAUGUAAAAAUGUUAUCUGGCAAAAGAUUUUACGCUAUCAAAAAUCAAAAAUAACAUAAAAAUUAUUUAAUAUCUUAGCUGUAACCUUUCCAGGUGGGUCAAACUGGAUAUCUCAGGUGCUGUUGUGAGAAAGUGGCAGGGCAACUUCACAAAUGCGUGUCGGGAGAUGGUAUUAAUGUCCCAGUGGAGUGCAUUCUUCUAUUUGCUGAUACUAAAUAUUACCAAAUUUAAUUCUUCGAAGUGUGUCUAAGGGAAGAUAGAAGACACAAAGGUCUGUGUUCUUGUAGUGCUUCUCACUUGUUCUCAUUCAUGUCCUUGCAAAAGCUGACAGGAAUUUCAAAGUUUGCCACUUCUUUUCAUCUACAUCUGACACUGUUUCUUGCCACAGAUCCAUCUAAGAUCAUGUUGUUGUCUUGAUUUAUUAAAGAUAAUAAGCAGUAUCGAUGUCUUAUCCAGAAAAUAGAACAAUUUCAGAAAUUAUGGCCAUCAUCCCCUUCAAGCCUAUCAAACAUAUAAGUCCAGGAAUGCUGCCAGAAAGUGGUAUUAAAAAUAUCCAUCUGAUAGAAUAAAUCCUACUGCCUUUACAUAAGAAUUAGACACUGAAUUCCUGUUUUCACAUAGAUGGUCCCAUUCUCACCUCUGUGCAAAAAAUAUGGGAGCCUUAUGAGGCUAUAUGAAUAUGCUAAUAUUCAUAUAGUUAUUAUAAAGAACAUGAAAUUGAAAGUUUGAUACUGAAAUCUCUCAAAAUUGAUGCAUCAUGGUAAUAAUUCACUGUUUCCUUGAGUGAAAAUGCAGGCUGAAAAAAAAAGAAAAUAGGUGAGUUAAAGAUGGGAGAUAAAAUUCAGCUUACAGUUAUUCUUUAAUUCAGUUGCCAUUAAAAUGUUAUUUACUGUUCUUCUGCUGCAUUUUCCUUACUAUUUAUAAAGCCCAUAGUGUGUUUACAAUCAUUAAAUAGUAUGUCUUUUUGGUUUUGAGCCUUGUAUAUGUUCAAAAAUAACUCGGUCUUAUACCUCUGUUGAAUUUAAAUGUAGGUACCUUUUAAGCAUGUAAUUUUACAGUCUUUUCCACUUACUAUCAGUGAUCCUUUAAAAAGGCUAAUAUUUGUGCCUUACUUAAACAUCAGCACCAGUUACCAAAUAGAUAAAAGUCCAAAAUGGUAUUUCUGGUUCAACACUGUUCUCCUCUGUCCAACUGUCUAUUGGCUACAUAUGCAGUAUUUUUAUUACUACAUCGGGUUCUAUAUUAAGAUAAAUUGUCCAGGUCCAGUACUUUUUCCAAGUUUGAUACUUGUAUCUCUCUUAUUUGUGGAAAUCCUUCUAAUGUCUUUGAAAAUCAUCAGCAUUUGUCACCAGCUGUGGGUGAGAACUGAUUCCUGCUCAGUCAGGGCUCCUGUGGUGGUCUUCAGAGGCAUCUCUUCUUUUCUAUUGCAUCAAGAUCUCAAAAAUAUUCCCAUUCCUCCUGUUCAAGGGAGAGAUACCAGGUUAUUCGAUUAAGUUUUGGAAUCUCUUACUUACAUUUAGAAACAGAUUUCUGACAUAGACAAACUAGGACUUGAAUUUAGUAUCAUCGAGUUCAUUUCACAUAUGUCUGCCUGAAAUGAGCUGUAGUUCUUAUUUGGCUUGGAGGAAAAAAUUAGGGGCAGUAGAAAGAUUCCUGGAUUGUUCCAAUGAGGCAGUGAAGCAGAGCCUGAGAGUCCCCAAGAAGGAUGAUAACUUUGAGGAAAUCCAGGUUUUAGGAUAUUGUUUAACAUUCUAGCUUGGUUGUAGUGAUUCCAACCCAACCAUAUAGGUAAAAGGAAUAUUGUCUGUGUGAUUAAUCUCCUACGGGAUGCCUGGAAUGGAUAUGUUGUCCCAGUCAAAGCCUUCCCAUCCAUCCGUAUAGAGUUGCACCAUUGUGAAAAAUGGCACGUAUAUUCAGGGAAGAACAAAAGAAGGAAGGACCUGGGACACAAAGGUGAUCCCUACCCUCUAUGCAUGCAGAGGGCAGUCUUUGUAGUGAAGGCAAUGGUUUGCUCUUCCAUCCUGCAUAUUUGCGGGGUCACGUAACUCCUAAAAAUAGACUUGUUCUGAGGGAAAAAUGUAGUUGUAGAAGUUCUCAUGUACCAUUUUGACUGAAACCUUCACUGUCAUUUAGCAUUUCAGAGAUACUGCUGCUGUUUGGUGAGGGGUGGGGUCGUCAGAAAUGCCCGGCACUAGCUGAAGUCCCCUCUCAGGCACUGUAAUGCAGACUUCAGUGGGAGUUUUAGACACGUGCUGGGUGCUUUUCAAAAUCCCACCCAAUCUGUUAGAGAAAUGUUUUGUAGAUGUCUUUUCGAGUUUUAGAAUGAGCUUGUUAUAACUCGUGUUCUUGUAAACUAUGUAAAGUCUUAGGCAAAAGAAAAGGUAAGCCAGGUUUUUCAAACAGCUUCUGUUUUUCCACCUACAAUCGGUUAUAUUCAGUCCUCCUGAACAAUCUUUCUUUGGUGCAGCUGUCUAAUCAAAUUGCCAGGGGCAUCUCAAAUCUUUUCUCUAUGCAUGUAAUCUGAAGAAACAUUUCAUGCAAUAAACAAAGUGCCAGCAUGAGGCCCUUUUAAAUGCAUCCCCUGUGAAAUACUGCCUGUAAUACCCUGUCCAGCAGAAAGGAGCCUCGUAAUGCUGACCUCCCUGGCGCUGCAGGGAGAGGUCAAGGGUGGUCUUCAUUUCCAAGGGAGUCAGUACCUUGUCUCUGGGUGCCAGGCCUCAGUCCAGGUGCUGUGAGGCUCCAGCCGGUUUGCUCCCAACAGACUGGAAUUUCAGCCUAAGCAAAUGUGGCUACUAAAAACUGUGUCCAAGGCAAGCAGCUUCUUUAUUGCAAAGCUUGGGUUGGUAAAGGCAGUCUGUUCCCACAGUGAACCUUUGGAGUGUGAAUGUAGAAAUUCACCAGCAACAGCCGUGUGGAUGGAAAUGUGACUUGUCUUCAGUAACCUCUUCUUUGCUGCUAUUAGAUGUGUUUGUCUUUGCCAAGCGUUGUUUACCUUCUAACAGUCUGGGCUGAACAGAAUGUGUCCUCGUUCUCAGCCCAAGGGCAUGGGCCACAUCUGGUCUAGAGCAUGUCCUUGUCCCCACACAGGGGGGUGGGACAUGUCAUGGUCUUUGGGCCGGAUGAGAAUAAAGGAACGCAAAAGGGAUGGUAUGGUUUUGUGCAAAUUAAACCUGCCUUGAUUACCUUUGUGUUGUCUGUUGCAUGGUUUCAGUUGGUGACCAGACUAAAGUACUUGAUACAACUUCCCUGGAGGCUACUGAACUUCUAAGUAGAGAUGUCUGAGGAGGCCACAGCCAGCUUUGUCUGAGGGUCACCCACUGCCAGUGUAGGGCUGUCAGCAUUUUUCCUGGGUUGGAGUAUGAAGAAGGUAACACAGUUGCAGGUUAUUUCAAGGUUUACUGUAGUAAAGGGUACUCAAAUUUAUUUGUACUAUUCCUUAGGUCAAUACUAACAACAUUUGUAUUUAGAAUCCAGUAACAGUAUUAGCAUUUGAAAACUAAGUUGAGUUCAAGUUUUUUAUGGUUCUUUGUGAAUUGACAUCCUGUUUCUGUUAAAAAUAAGGGAGCUACUUGUUUUAGGAGGGGAAUGUGUUGACUUUCAAAUCUUCAGUGAAUUUUGUGCAAUAUUUCUCCUUGUUUCAAAGUAAUUUAGUAGUUAUAAAUGUGCACGUCUGCUUUUCAAGCAAAUCUUUGAAAUGGUAUUUUUCAGAAAUGUGUAAAAUUACAUGUAGCAUUGAAAAUAUGCUUGUAUGAUAAAAACACAAAGAAUAUAUUCUAAUGAGGCAAAUGUAUAUUUCCAAUGACCAGGCAUGAUUAUGGAUGUCACAUUCUACAGAAAUAAUAAAGCCUAAGCCAAUGUUCACAUACAAGUGACUUUAAAUUGAAGAUUAAAUACUAGAAUUUAUAAUGUUUAAUUUAUCAUUUGAUCGUUUGUUUAAUGUUGGUAAAAAUAGGCAAGGAGUUAAGCAUCACUUUUCAUUACCACCACCGAGGUGACUGUUCAAGGUGAUGACCGUAUUGUUAAGAAGAAUUUAGUUUGUGACAUCCCUAAUUAUCAUAAGUCAUUACUUAAAAGAUCUACUAAUGUUGCCAGUAUACUUUUAACUUCCGUAAAUUAAUUUCUUUGUAUAUUGAUGUACAUUUUGUUUUUACCUUUGUUUUUUUUUCUUGAGAACUUCUUUAAAUUAAUUUACUUGAAUGAGGCAAUAAAGCAUUGUGGAACAGCUAGUUUUUGUGCAGCCUAUGCACGAGCACAUCACGUCUGUUAAUUCAUGAUUUUUGAGUAAGAAGAAAAAUUUUAAAUGCUUACAUGGUUAGCAAACUGACAAUUUGUUUGUUUUCUUUAGAUAUGUGUCAGAUAUGAUGAGAAAUGCCUCAACGUGGAACAGACACAUUACAUAUCCGACAAUUUCUAUUUUUUUUUUCAGAACAUUUCAUUAGUGGCCUUUGAAAACAACCUGUUAAUAUUCUUGUGUCCUUUAACACCUGCAGGAAGGGCAUAAAAUACAGGACACUUUGAGAUUUUAUUGAUCAUUUUAUUAAUUUUGGAAACAAAGUAACCUAACCAGCACUGUGCUAUAACAGGUUUAGAAAAUUAGAAAUUUAGUUAAUCACUGACUUGUAAUAAAACUGGAACCAAAUCUAAAAAUUUAAUCCUUCCUUUUGCACACUGGACUACUGUUCAAAGUCAUCUCAAGAAUUGUAAUUCAGACCUUAGACUACUAUUGGUAGUGCACUGUGUAUACGUAGUAAAUGAGCAGUGUUUCUUGUUCUGUUAAUUUCCGAGUUUGUGGUGUCCAUAGAAGUUCUUGGUGAACUCCACGUUACCAUAAAGUGCCCAACACUGUAUUAUAAAAUAAAACUUAAUAAUAUCAAAA